GCCCGUGGCUCCCCGUGGCGUCCGCCGCUGGGCGCGAGUGGCUGCUGAGUGCGGGUGGUUGGGCGUGCGGGGCCAGCAGGCACGCGCGUGCGCGGCGCCGAGAUCCCUGGGGAAGUAGGGGAGCGGCCGACGCCGAACCGCACGCACAGGCCGGCGGCGCGCGCGAGGGCGGGGGUGGUGCGUUCGUGUGUGCGCGUGAGUGUGUGUAUGUGUGUAGAGCUCUGGUGCGGUGCGCCAGCCGCCAGUGCCCGGGUGCGAGUCCCCCUUCGUCUUCCACACCCUCCCUCCGUCCCCGUUCCUUCCCUGCCACCCUCCCGCGCCCCCACGGCCGCAAGCCGAGCAGAAGCCCAGGGAAGCAGGUGUGGGGGGGCGGGCGGGGUCGCACGAGACAAAGGGGCCCGGGGGUCAGCCCGCCAUGGCCGCCCGGAGCCUGGGGGGCCUGGGAGGGAGCCGCGGCGGGGGCGGCGGCGGCAAGAAGAGCCUGAGCGCCCGCAACGCCGCCGUGGAGAGGAGGAACCUGAUCACGGUGUGCAGGUUUUCUGUGAAGACCCUGAUUGAUUGAUCCUACUUUAAGACAAUUGAUGAGUCUUCUGAAUUUAAGAACUUUGCAGCCAUUUUGGAACAGAUUCUAAGUCACCAACUGAAAGAGAGUUCCCAAAGUUGCUG